GCACCGUGUUGGGGGUGUGGAUCCUGGCUGUGGCGUUCAGAGCUACAGCAUGGGACGCACGGAGCAGUGAGCCAGCCAGGACGAGGAGUGCUACGAGCCGCUACAUUCAACUUUACCCCCGUCUCGCGACCCUCUCCACCGUCCACAGCAGCAGCACCGGGCCGGUCCUCCAGCUCAGGGUCGAGUUUGGGCUUUGACUGGCGGCGAGAGGCGACUUUCAGCUGCUGACCCACACGGGCUCGGCAUGUUUGGGAGGAUGGAGGUGGAAAAGCGGACCAACAGCUUCGACUACGCGGACAGGAGCAACGCCAAGUCCGUCAACGGUUUCUUUUCUGAUUCUAUGCUGGUUUUGGACGCAGACCCCAAUGACAGCAUGGGUGACCGAAACCUCGUGCAGGAACUCUGGGCCAAAGAUGAUCCAGUUGACCCGCGUACUUGCCUUAUUUGUGGGGACCGCGCCACAGGCCUGCACUAUGGCAUCAUUUCGUGUGAAGGCUGCAAGGGCUUCUUCAAGCGCAGCAUCUGCAACAAGCGCGUGUACCGCUGCAACCGGGACAAGAACUGCGAGAUGUCCCGCAAGCAACGCAACCGCUGCCAGUACUGCCGCCUGCUCAAGUGCCUGCAGAUGGGCAUGAACCGCAAGGCCAUCAGGGAGGAUGGCAUGCCAGGAGGAAGGAACAAAAGCAUCGGGCCUGUUCAGAUUACAGAAGAGGAGAUUGAACGCAUCAUGUCUGGACAGGAGUUCAAGGAGGAGGCCCCUGAUCACACUUGGGGCAACAAUGGCGACAGUGACCACAGCUCACCCAGUAACGGGGCGUCGGAGGGGAACCAGCCUUCUCCUGCCUCUACUCUGUCAUCCAAUCGCUCAGUGGAGAUGAACGGUUACACGGCAGCUCUCAGGGACCAGUACAUAAACACGUCCAUGCCCACUCACUACCAGCUGCUGCCUCACCUGUUCAGUUAUGCGGCUCAGUCGGGUCUGCUGGCCCCUCAGCCCCGCGGAGGAGGAGUCGGAGUCUACCCCCAGUCACAUCCCCUGGUCCUCCAGCUGGUGGCAGCAGAGGACCUCAGCCCCCUGGCCACGCCCAUGCUCAUAGAGGAUGGGUAUAAGGUGACCCAGGUGGAGCUGUUUGCCCUGCUGUGCCGGCUGGCCGACGAGCUCCUGUUUCGUCAGAUCUCGUGGAUAAAGAAGCUGCCCUUCUUCUGCGAACUCUCCAUCGAGGACUACACCUGUCUGCUGAGCUCCACCUGGCAGGAGCUCAUCCUCCUCUCCUGCCUGACCAUCUACAGCGCCCAGAUCUUUGGAGACCUGGCCGACGUCACAGCCAAGUACACGCCGUCUGAUGAGGAGCUGCAGGGCUUCAGCGAGGAUGGCAUGGAGGUAAUGGAGCGCCUGAUCUAUCUGUACCGCAAGUUCCACCAGCUGAAGAUCAGUAAUGAGGAGUACGCCUGCAUGAAAGCCAUCAAUUUCCUCAACCAGGAUAUCCGGGGAUUGUCCAAUGUCUCUCAGCUUGAGCAGUUAAACAAGCGCUACUGGUACGUGUGCCAGGACUACACGGAGUACAAGUACCCACACCAGCCAAAACGCUUCCCCGAAAUCAUGAUGUGUCUGCCUGAGAUCCGCUGCAUUGCCGGCAAGUUGGUAAAUGUCCCCUUGGAACAGCUCCCCCUGUUGUUCAAAGCAGUAUUGCACUCCUGCAAAACCAGCGUGAACAACUACAGGAGCGGCCAGUCACCCUGCGUGACCUCUGCCCCGGGAAACUAACCCCCAACCUCCCCCCUACACCCCCCUCCCACCCCACCACUGACCGAACAAGUGGAGGGCCUGGUCUCCCUCUUUGUGAAUGUGACAAGCAGCUAGAGUUUGUUUUUUGUAACUUUUUUCUUUAUAUAUUUAUUACACGACAGAGCUGAAUGUAUGCUGAUUUACACUGUGCACAUGCUUCUGUACAAAAGAAAUGCUCGUAGAUGCAUUGGAGUUGACAAGUGUCCACCCGCUUGGUUCAAUGUGUCGCUGUGUUGCCAUAGUUAGAGCUAGACUUGUAAAAGAUGAGAGUUUAUCUGAUCCCCUUGGGGAGGCCACAUGUGACGAGUGUUUUGAGACUACCUCAGGAAGUUGUUGCUAUUUUUGGGUACCUUUUCUUUUGAUUAAAUGAAGAGUUGCCCAGUAUGAAACCGAACCUGUGGAUGCGUCUGCACCCUAAUCACUGAACGACUGAAUGUUAAACAGAGCUGCGAAAUCAAACAUGUCCUAACAGUGUUUGGUUACAAAGUGUGGUUAGAAGUGGCCACACUGCCCAUAGAGUAUACUAGAGUCUACAGAGGCGCAUUUAUCAUUGAACAUUCCAGAGUGUAAGUGACAGCUGGAUCUGUGGGAUCUUCAAUAGAAAAGAAAAACUUGGAGCAUACGGGUAUUUUUUACAAUCAUAGAUUGGGGUUUUAUGGCUAAAUGGAUGCCUCAGUUUUCCGAUGCCUUUCUGUGAGCGACUUAAUGUGACGUAUAUGCAUUAACUAUGGCAUUCAAGUUAUACCUUGGAGACAUGUGCAUAUACUGUAGGUUCAUCAUUAACUUCUAUAAGAAGCUCAUUCAAAACUGAGCCAUCCCUUUACUACAGGGGAAGGGAGGAUAGCUAGGUUUGCUGUUAGUUUUAUUUGACCAAAGUGUUAUGCAAAUGCUUUUCCAAUGCCCAGACAGGCUGGGAGCUAACCGCUCGACAAAAAUUUCUUUUCCAGAAAGGAUCAGGAUAAGAAAUGAAUCAAUCUGCAUAAGGGGGAGCGCCUCUGCUGGACAGACAUAGAGUAUGUGGCCGGAUGUUAUUGGAAAUGCUGCUAAACCUGCACACACUCCUCGUGCACAAGUCGAUGAAUAGUAAAUAUGCAUAGGACAGUAGGAGCUAGUCCACUCUGCCGCUGCCUUUGGGGCCAGAUCCUAGUGCACUAACUGCUGCGUGUAGAGGGCCCAAAAGCAGUAUAUUGCACAGCAUUCAAAUUUAUAGCUUUUUAAAAUGUAGAGAUAUAGGAAGUAUCAACAAGUAAACCGUCUAACUUGUGUUGCUGGUCAGUCUGUAGGCCUAAUCGCUUACAGCCGCUCACUUAUCCUCUGACAGAUAUGCACAUGUUUAAAAGACAAAGCCAUAUGAAAUUGGGCUUUUUUAUUUUUGAAGAUCACGAAUUCCGCCGUCAUCAUAACCACCCAGUGUAAAUGCAGACAGAAUGCAGUGGUUUGCACACGUGGCUGCAGCUGUUGCCCGGCGUGCUCCUCUCGGCUCCGAGUGGCCUGGGUCUAAACAGGGUAGAGUGAGUGAUUCAGGAGUACUUCGGCGCGCAUGCUGAGGUACUUGUAGUCGUAGUAGUAGUGGUAGCAUUAGUGGUAGUGGUAGUAGUUGUAGUUGUAGUAGUAGUUGUAGUAGUAGUAGUAGUAGGUGCCAGGACAUCGUAGGUCCUUUAUAGACUAGUGUAUUUUUUGUUUUGUUUUGUUUUUUUUGUUGAUUUUUUGUUCUGUUUUGUUUUUUUCAUCCCUCUCGGAGAGCCCUCACCCACCCUCUCCCACGUCGCCCCACCCCACAGGUCACAUGGGUGUAUAGUUUGAAGGCAUAGAACUCUGGGCAGUAUGUGUCCUAGUACGCAGCCUUAAACGGCACCAGUCCGAAGCAGAGUUCCUCUUAACAUCUCCUUUCACCUUUUACUUUUUUAUACUGUUAUAUUGUCAUUGUACUUUUGUAGUUGUGAAUUUUUGUUGUUUUUCACAUAUUCAUUGUCUAUUUUUCUUUUUGUGGAGUGAAGACAAAAACUAUAUCAUUUUCAAACUGUUUUACACUAUUUUUAAGGACUGUUGAUAACUAUGGGAAAAUGUUUUACCAGCCUAACUUUCAGACAAUACUAACUUAUGUAUGCCUUUGUUGUGCAUUGUUAACUGCGAAAGAUGCAUUAUUCAUCACUUGUCGGAAAUUCUGUCAAAAUAAUUUGUUGAGGUGACGCUGUAAUCUCAGGGAUAUUGUACUUUAUGUAAAAACUAAAGUGAUGUUUUUGUGUCUUUUUUAAAGGAAAAAACGUUAGAUCCCCAGCCAAUAUUUUACAAUUUACAGUCUGUAUGUAUGUGUAAUGGCUAUAUUUAAAGGCACAUUUGCUCGCUACACCCCCUGCUGUUCAGUGUGUGCAUAAACCGGGCCACCAUCGCUGUAUCAAAGAAGUUAAAGGAAUGCGUGGAAAGCUUGUAUCUCCAUGGCUCGGGAUCUGACGUUUUCAAGUUCUCAAACAUUUUUAACCAAAGCAAAAAGACUGAACCGCCGCUACCUUACACUUCCACCUCCCACUCUCCUGCUUUUGAUACUGACAAAAGUGUUCUUUAUUUCUUGUAUAUUUUGUGUUGUUUUUGCAGACAAGGGAUAUGUCAAUUUCUGUACUGAAACUACCUCUUUAUUUGUUCAUCAUGUUGCUAAUUUUUCAAAUAGAUUUUUUUGUCCUACUUAUUGGUUUCAUUGCUCCUUAUUUUUG